UUACCGGCCCUGUGGUUCUCUCUGUCUCUUCAUCUCUAGUUCUGUCUCGUUCGCUACUUUGCUUCUCUUUACAAAUCUAAUCCGCUCCGAUUCGUCCUUGUCUACAUCCAUCACCCAUUGCAACCAUGAGCGACCAAGGAGAAAAAACUUGUCCCCUCUGUGCUGAAGAGAUGGACUUGACCGACCAGCAGUUGAAGCCUUGCAAGUGCGGUUAUGAGAUCUGCGUUUGGUGCUGGCAUCACAUAAUGGAAAUGGCUGAGAAAGAUGUGACAGAAGGGCGAUGUCCAGCAUGUCGUACGCCUUAUAACAAGGAAAAGAUUGUCGGAAUGACACCAAUGUGUGAAAGGUUCGUGGAGAAAAAAUCGAAGUCACAGAAGCCAAAAAAUAGAACAUCUGAAGGAAGGAAGCAACUUGGCAAUGUGCGAGUGAUUCAACGGAACCUUGUCUACAUUGUUGGGUUACCUCUUAAUUUAGCAGAUGAAGAUCUUCUCCAGCGAGAUGAAUAUUUUGGUCAGUAUGGAAAGGUGCUGAAGGUGUCUAUAUCUCGGACAGCAGCUGGUACCAUUCAACAAUGUGCAAACAAUACUUGUAGUGUAUAUAUUACUUAUUCCAAAGAGAAUGAAGCAGUUCGUUGUAUUCAGUAUGUACACGGAUUUGUCCUGGAGGGCAGAUCUUUGAGGUGGGCACACAUUUGGCUUGCUUUGGAACCACAAAAUAUUGUCAUGCAUGGCUUAGAAAUGUGGUAUGAUCCUCAAAUAACUGAGCAAGAGGGGAUUGAUUUAUUGCCCUGCAGCAAUUCUGAUUGUUUAUACUUGCAUGACAUUGGUUCUCAAGAGGAUAGCUUUACUAAAGAUGAAAUAAUAUCAGCUUACACAAGGAGUAGAGUUCAACAAAUUGCUGGUGCUACAAAUAAUAUGCAACAGCGGUCAGGGAAUGUGUUACCACCACCAGCAGAUGAGUACUGCAAUAACGGCUUUGUUUCCUCCAGAAAACCUAUUAAUAAGAGUGGGGUAAAUAAUUCUGUGAACAAUGUCCGAGAUUCUCCGCCUAAUAGUAGCUCUGGGGACCAGUUGCUCUUCCAGCAGCAGCCUCAUGGUAUGCCAUUGACCUACUGGAAGGGAACACGUGCCUUAAACAACCAGCCACCACUUGUAAGUUUGGGGAAUUCAAAUGGACCUCUUAAGCAGAAACCUGAUGCGUGCAAUGGCUCAUUAGCGUUUUCAAUGGGAAUUGCAAGCCCAACUCAGGUUUCUAUAUUGCAUGCUGAUGUCGGAAAGAAGCUUAUUCCUAAUGGAGAAAGUCAUACGAUACAACAAAAUUUUAAAGCUAAGGCAUUGGAACCUAUGAAACAGGAUAUGGGUUCAGAUCGUCUAGCAACUGUAUCUGAAACUCCUGCCACACCAGGAUAUGCUGCUAGUUCAACUAUGAACAGCCAGUUACAUUAUGCACCUGCAUGCAAGGAUGAAGAUAAAUGUAGCGGUAUGCCACCCAAUGUUACAAAUUCUAUUGACCUAUCUGGGCAGUCAUGUGGUUAUGGCGGUCCAGGAAAAGAUGUAGACGUUGCAGACAAGAAGAUUCAGAAACUAUGCUCUUAUAUGUCGUCAUUGAGCAUUGAUAGAUCUCAAGGAUCACCACAAAGUUACGUGGAGCAACUUAGAGAACCUUUGACUUUUGCCGCGGGGAAUGCGGAGACAUCCACUAAGGAUAAUUCUGUUGCUAGAGAACUAUCUGAUUUUAGAUCUCAUUCAGAAACACACGUGGCACAGGCUGCAUUGGGUGAAGUAGAUGAUGAUUCACUAUUUUUUGAUGACCGGAGACUUAAGGAUCCAGAAGUUGUCACCAGUACAAGCUACUUACCUAAUUUAUCUCACUCUUCAUAUCUUUUAAAUCAAGUUAAGGGUUAUUAUCCUCAGUAUAAUGAGGAUUACAGUAAACUUAAUGUCAGUGUAGAUCCCCUUAUCGUAGAUAAGAAAUUCGACAUCAGUUCACCUCCGCAGACAUCUAGUAUUCAAGUUAUUUCUAAUGGGUACCCUGAGAAUCUAGUCAGCAGUUCUGCUCAUUUGGACAACACCUUUGACAAUUCCUAUAUGCUUCUAGAUGAAGAGAAAAGGAAGCACAUCGGAAGAUUAGACGGUGAAGUAACCAAUGUUGACAGCAACGCUGCUCUAGAUACGGGAGAGAGCAGCAUAAUAUCUAAUAUUUUGUCAAUGGACUUUGACUCGUGGGACGAUUCAUUAACUUCACCUCAGAAUUUGGCUAGGUUAUUGGGUGAAACUGAUAAACAGCAGGGAUCUCUUAGAGUAUCAAGUUCUUGGAAAGUUCAAAGUAGCAAUCAAUCCAGGUUUUCUUUCGCACGAGAAGAGGAUUCUACAAAUCAAAAUGUAGAAUCAUCUUUGAGUUAUAUUGGGCAACCUCUGAAGAAUCGCGCUUUCAGCCAUGAUUUUGUUGAUAACAGAGAUUUUCAUCUUGAUAAGCUUGGUAAUUGCAAUGGUUUCUCUUCUGUUAAUUGUGAGGAAUUUGAUAAUUUUGCCAGCAGUCAAUCUCAUCUCUCUUCUGGCAAGCCUUCAGGUGAAUUAUGA